UUGUAUGCUCAUGAUUGGUAAAACUUCAACUGAUCUCUUUCUUGACCUUUCCUCUAGUGUAAACCUCAGAGAGUUCCGGUUUGCUCAGACCAUGAUCUUCGCCAUCGAGGAGAUCAACAGCAGUGACACUCUGCUUCCGAAUGUCUCUAUUGGAUAUCGUAUUUAUGACAACUGCGGCUCGACUCUGUACUCUAUACGUGCGGCCAUGGCCCUGAUGAACGGUCAGGAGAGGACGGUGGGAAAGACCUGCUUCGGCCAAACAGCAGUUCACGCCAUCAUCGGAGAGUCAGAGUCCUCCUCCACUAUAGUGAUGUCACGCACCACCGGUCCAUUCCAAAUACCUGUGAUCAGCCACUCUGCCACAUGUGAGUGCCUUAGCAGCAGGAAGGAGUACCCUUCUUUCUUCCGAACCAUCGCCAGUGACUUCUAUCAGAGCAGAGCCCUGGCCCAGCUGGUCAAGUACUUCGGCUGGAGCUGGGUGGGAGCGGUCAACAGUGAUAGUGACUAUGGCAACAGCGGUAUGGCUAUCUUCCUGGCUUCAGCCCAGGAGGAGGGUGUCUGUGUGGAAUACUCAGAGAAGUUCAGCCGGACGGAGCCAGAGAAGCUGUUAAAGGUUGUUAAUGUGAUCCGAGGUGGGAAGGCCAAGGUGAUCGUAGGCUUUCUGGCCCACGUGGAGAUGAACAACCUGCUGGAGGAGCUCAGUCUGCAGAACAUCACCGGCCUACAGUUUAUUGGUGUGGAGGCCUGGAUCACUGCAGACAGCCUGGUCACCCCUACUAGCUACAGUGUGCUGGGGGGUUCACUGGGGUUCGCUGUCCAGAAGGCCAACAUCAGCGGCUUCUCUGACUUUGUGAUAAAGCAGUUCUGGGACACGGCAUUUCAAUGCACAGAGACAAGCCACCAGGAGAAUGCAACAGUGAGUAGUCCUUGUAGUGAGUAUCAGGAUCUGAUAGAGCUGAGAGAUUAUAAUGCAGACGUGGAAGAGCUCAGAUACUCUAGUAAUAUCUAUAAAGCCAUAUAUGCAGUGGCCCACUCCAUGCACAGCUUGCUGAAGUGCAAAGAGGGACGCGGAUGUGAUCAAAAUGUGAGAACUGAACCUUGGCAGGUAGUGGAGUCUCUGAAGCAGGUGAAUUUCACCAUAAAGACAGGGGACCAGGUGUGGUUUGACAGUACAGGUGCUGCAGCAGCCAAGUACGAGGUGGUGAACUGGCAGCGUGGGCCAGACGGAGGGGUCCAGUUUAAACCAGUGGGCUACUAUGAUGCCUCCCUACCCCCUGGACAACAGUUUGUCCUCAGGACAGAGGACAUCAUUUGGCCUGGGGGGCUCCAACAGAUGCCCUUGUCAGUGUGCAGUGAGAGCUGUCCCCCAGGCACUCGUAAGGCUGUACAGAAAGGAAAGCCCGUAUGCUGUUAUGACUGUGUYCCAUGUUCAGAGGGAGAGAUCAGCAACGCUACAGAUUCUAAUGGCUGCAUACACUGCCCUGAUGUGUACUGGUCCAAUCUUGGCAGAGACAAAUGUAUAUUUAAAGCUAUUGAGUUCCUGACCUUUACUGAGGUCAUGGGGAUUGUACUUCUGCUUUUCUCCUUGUUGGGAGUGUUUCUAACUGUGCUUGUGGCUAUUCUCUACUUGAUAAAGAAAGACACUCCCAUCGUCAGGGCCAACAACUCUGAGCUGAGCUUCCUGCUGCUCUUCUCCUUG